CUGCCCUUCUUACAUACACCAACUCUCAAGAACAGGAUAUACGACCUGACUGCCCGUCAAAAGCCGGUGGCAUUUGAUGCACAACUUGUCCUUCUCGGCCUUCUAGCUCUGACGGCGAGGUACCACCCUGAGCUUCUGAACGACGUCAAGUCUACCCCCGAAGACUUGUCCAUUGACUCAAACAUCUGCUCUGGAGACGUACCCGAAGUUUUCGCCAGAGCUUUGGACAAAUCAUUGGGCUCGUUUGUGUCAGCAACCUCUAUCGGAUCAGUUGAGCGAGUGCAGGCCUUGUUGAUCCUCGGCCUCUACGAAUGGAUUUCGCUAAACCAUGAAGGUCUUCGAGCCUGGAUGUUGGUUGGUGCCGCAGGUCGCAUGGCUCAGGCGCUCAAACUUGGACACGAAACCAAGAACAGCAGUUCUGGCAGUUCCGCUCAUCGAAUCGGCGCGGCUUCGGAAGAGUUCAUCAUCAAUCACGAGAUCAGGCGACGAACGAUGUACAGCUGUUUCAUUUUCGAUCGACUAAUCUCCUGCGGAAAAGAACGCCCCUCGCUCAUCCGCUCGGAAGAUCUUCAGAUUCAUCUCCCCUGCUCCAAGGAGAACUUCGAUCUCAGCCGUCAGGUCACCACUGCUUUCUUUACAGAUGAUACCCUAUCGGCACCGCAUCGAAAAAUCAGCAUACUUGGCCAUUUUGUGCAUCUAGUUAAUCUCUGGGGCCGAAUAUCACAUUACACCAACGCAGGGGGAAGAUUUCUGGACAAACGACGACCUCCUUGGGAUCGCGAAUCGAUGUUCUUCCGGCUUCGCCAAGAUAUCGACUCCUUCAGCAGUGACCUUGAGGUGUCCGGCGUAUUUCUCAACUUCAGCCCCUCGAACUACUUUCGCCACGAAGGGACAUCCAACACUUACAUCCUACUGCAUCUGCUGAUGGCUCUUUGCAAGAUAAUGCUACAUCGACAAUACCUCCCCUUCAUUCCCAUCAAGUGCUCGAGACCGGAUGGUCCGUUAGAUGAGCCCACGUUUCCAUCAGAAGACGUGCCCGAUGGAUUUUGGAUAGAAAGCGCCCGCGAGCUUUUCAAAUCAAGCAAAACGGUGUCUGAUAUAAUCGAGCUCUCUCAAGACAAACUCCCACACUCCCCGCUUGUCGCUUUCGUCAUCUAUACUGCUUCGUUCACCGGAAUAUAUGCGUGGUAUUUUCCACAAAUGGAUACCGAAGGCUAUUUGGCAAGUCGGCACGGCGAGCAGGAACAUUCCACUGAAGCGCGAUCCAUAGAUGCAGUCUCGGGUCCAACGAGACUAAUGUUUGACGCCCUGUCAGAGCUUGCCAAAUACUCGGGUGUAGCAUCGGCUUUUGUCUCGAGAUACAACGAGGUGGACCAGUACUUUCAUUCCAUGGUUCAGGACUACCACCGUAACUUGAGAAAUCGCAUGAUAUCUCAGCUAACCGGGGAAAAGCUGGGUGUACGUAUGGGCGGCGACACUGGGGGUCUUGAGGAGUGGGUCCUCAAAUCGGACAGAAUGGUGAGCAACAGCUCCAUCAUCAAAGAAGACGACAACCCGGAGCACAUCCCGCCAGUUGGGAGUGGAAAUGAGAACACGGACUCGAGGAUGCAAAGUAGUCAUCGAGACAGCAGAUGCGAGGAUCUGAACACGCGAAUUCGAACGCCACCUCGGGAAGCGUGGACAUCUUUUGGGCCCAACGACCCUAUCGGCUCCGCAGGAACCCGGAACGAAUUGCCUCCGCGUAACGAGAGAUUUGUUGAGACAGGCGGGCAUAUGCAGUCUCCCCCAUUAUCAUCUGCUCCUUCUCAUGUCACGGGCGCUGACCCUGGGCUCUGGGAUGGCGGCGACGAGUGGAGUUGGGCGUUUCUUCAUGACAUGUACUUGGGCAGUGUGGCUAUCGACUCUGGAAAUGGAUUUCCGGACCCUUCUUCAUGA